GUAUCUUUAUUAACGGUAGCCUGCUAGUUUACACUGUUUAUCAGGUCAAGGAAAGUUGGUUGGUUGCACAGAUGCAAGAAAAUUUGUGGUAAAAAACGUGAAAUUAUUACAAUUAUACAGUGAUUAGUGAAAGUACUAGUUCUACAAUUGAAAAAAUAUGCACAUCAACAACAUGACUCAACAACCCAACGGCGAAAAUGGUUCAAACUCGAAUCUUUACAUGCGCUUGCAACAGUCGCAAACCAUUCGGGCCAACAUUCAGAACAUCUCCCAAAUACUCAACACGGGUCUAAGCCCGGAAGCGCUGGACCUUUGCGUUAAGCUACUCGAAACGGGUGUUCACCCGCAAGCCCUGGCCGAAGUUGUGACGCAAAUAAGACGCGAGAUGGCAGCAUUAGAAGCGGAACAACAGUAAAAUGAAACUCUAAUCUCACAACACAACAAAAGGAGCGUUCUUUCCAUUAACUAUAAUGCAAAUUGUUGAAUAAUAUAGAGCUUUGAAGAACUA